ACAGCAACGCAUAUACUUAGGAGUUAGGACCACAACAUUGACCACACUGAACCUUUUGUUUCCUUAAGCAUCAGAAUCAUUGUCCCUUAAACUUUAAGGUUACAGUUAAUGCCAUUUUUAUAAACUUCAGCACGCGCCAACACUUGGGACUUUGCGUUUGUGCUCUACUGUUCUAGGUCACUUCACUGUACGUACCACUGGUCCUAACUAAGUCCUCCGGCUAUAUAUUUGCGCGAAUUUACCGAGGUUAAAAUGCACCUCAUACAAGAAUUAUUUUAAGAGGCAAAAGAGACAAGAAAAAUAUGAGCACCCUACUUCACUUUUUACUUGUUUUCUUAACAUUUUCCCUAGUUCCAUACACUAGUCACCAAUAUGCAUGCAACAAGCAUGAAAUUGAUGUUAGCACAUUGUCUUUUUGUAACAAAACGUUACCUUAUCCUGUUCGUGCUAAGGACUUAGUUUCCCGCCUUACCUUAAGUGAAAAAGCACAACAACUAGUGAACUCGGCUAGGGGGAUCCCUAGGUUAGGGAUACCAGACUACGAGUGGUGGUCAGAGGCCCUUCAUGGAGUCUCUAACACUGGACCUGGUGUACGUUUCAAUGAAAUUAUACCUGGUGCAACAAGUUUUCCAGCAGUUAUAUUAUCUGCUGCAAGCUUUAAUGCAUCAUUGUGGUACAUGAUGGGCCAAGUUGUGUCAACUGAGGCCCGAGCCAUGUACAAUGAGGGUCUUUCUGGGCUCACAUUUUGGAGCCCAAAUGUGAAUGUGUAUAGAGACCCGAGGUGGGGUAGAGGGCAAGAGACCCCUGGGGAAGACCCUUUGGUUGUCAGCAAAUAUGCUGUCAAUUAUGUUCGAGGUCUACAGGAGGUCGAUAUCCAUGGUAACAGAAACAUGCUCAAGGUUUCUAGUUGUUGCAAGCAUUAUACUGCUUAUGAUGUCGAUAAUUGGAAAGGUGUUGAUCGCUUUCACUUUGAUGCAAAGGUCAGUAAACAAGACUUGGAGGAUACGUAUCAGCCCCCAUUCAGAAGUUGUGUUGAAAAGGGACAUGUUAGUAGUGUUAUGUGUUCAUACAACAGAGUGAAUGGAAUACCAACUUGUGCUGACGCCAAUCUUCUUAAAGGAACAGUCAGAGAGCAAUGGGGUUUAGAUGGUUAUGUUGUCACUGAUUGUGAUUCUAUCCAAGUCUUGUACGAGUCUAUCAAUUACACAGCUACACCAGAGGAUGCAGUUGCCCUUGCACUGAAAGCAGGAGUUAACAUGAAUUGUGGAGAUUAUCUACGUAAGUACACGGUGAGAGCAGUUAACCAGAGAAAGGUGUCGGAAUCAGUUGUAGACCAGGCAUUGAUAUACAACUACGUAGUCCUCAUGCGACUUGGGUUCUUUGAUGGGAAUCCCAAAAAACACCCCUUUGGAAAACUAAGGCCAUCUGAUGUAUGUACAGAAGAUCACAAAAAGUUGGCCCUCGAUGCAGCAAAGCAAGGGAUAGUGUUGCUAGAAAACAAAGGAUCAACUCUUCCAUUGUCUUCAAAAUAUGUCAAAAAGUUGGCUGUUAUUGGUCCUAAUGCUAAUGCCACCAAAACCAUGUUAAGUAAUUAUGCUGGUGUACCAUGUAGGUAUACUAGUCCUCUACACGGGUUUCAAAAACAUGUGAAAAGAGUGUUCUAUCAACCAGGAUGCCAAAAUGUAAAGUGUGUAGAUAAACAGCAUAUCGAAGCAGCAGCUAGGGUGGCAGCCAUUGCUGAUGUUGUGGUGUUGGUAGUUGGACUCGAUCAGUCAAUUGAAGCAGAGGGACUAGACAGAGUGAACUUGACCUUGCCAGGUUAUCAAAAGAUGCUGGUAGAGAAGGUCACUAGUUCAGCCAAAGGAAAAGUUAUUCUUGUGAUCAUGUCAGCUGGUCCAGUUGAUGUGUCAUUCGCGACUAAAUUGAGAAAGAUUCGUGCCAUUCUAUGGGUCGGUUAUCCUGGACAAGAUGGUGGAGAAGCCAUUGCUCAAGUAGUAUUUGGACAUCACAAUCCAAGUGGAAGGACACCUGUGACAUGGUACCGAAAAGAGUACGUGGAUCAAAUACCAAUGACAGACAUGAAUAUGAGGGAGGAUAAAUCCAGAAGACUUCCCGGUAGAACAUAUAGAUUUUACACCGGGAAACCUCUCUAUGAGUUUGGCCAUGGACUCAGCUAUUCCACUUUCAUCAAAUUUUUAAUACAUGCCCCCUCAAAAGUAACUAUCUGCAGAUCAACAGAACAAAAUCUCAACCAAAUUCCGUUUCUUACAACUGAUAAUCAAGCAGCUGAUGACUCUAUGGCAGUUGAUGUAUCAGAAGUAAACUGCAAGAAGUUAGAGUUUGUUGUGGCAAUAGGGGUAAAAAAUGAAGGAAAGAUGGAUGGAGGGCAUGUUGUGCUCAUGUUUUGGAAGCCACCUAUGUGGAAUGAAAUCGAGGGAGCUCCCAAAAUACAGCUUGUAGGAUUUGAACGAGUGGAAGUGAAGGCAAGGAACACAGAAUUGGCUGUAGUUAAACUAAAUGUGUGUGAAGCAUUCAGUCUAGUGGAUGAGCAAGGUGAUAGGAAGUUGGUAACUGGUCGGCAUGAACUAUUGAUCGGCUCUCCAACUGAGAACCGAGUUAUCCAUAAGUUUACUAUUCAUGCUGGUGGUACCAUGGAAGAUCACUAAAUAUGAUCAAGUACGUGCUCAAAAUCAAUAGUCCAUGCCAUGCAGAUUGGAUCAUAUAUAUACAUAUAUACAAUAUACAACAAGAAACUCCAGGUAUUUGGUUAUAUACUAAACGAUUUGAUGAUUAUAUAAAAUAAGACUUCUACUAAUUAAAAGCUUCUAUUAUUGUUUUCCAAAGAUGUAGUGUUGGAAACUGCGUUGUAUGAAGCUUAACAAUGGAACUGUAUUCCCACCCCUACUGAUCUAUGAAUAUUUUUGUUUUGCUGUUGUAUGUCAGCCUGUUGUAAUCAGUGCGAUUGUGUGUGCAACUUAUAUGCCUGUAGUAGCAUUAUGUUGUAUUCCUAUGAAAUGAAAUGCAGCAUCUGUUUCUUUCCUUA